AUAUAUAAGAAUAUAAUGUAGGAUAAACGUUGAAGAAUAAUCGUGAAAAUGCACCUCACUAAUAUCCGUGCUAACAAUAUUAAAAAAAGACACUUAUUGCAUCAACAAAUAUGGAUUUACAAAAAGUUCGAAAGAGAACUGCGAUGAAAGAUUUUAUUUUAAUACUUAUAUAUUUCAAUGUUUUAUUGGGAAAAUUAACGUUGGCAUGUCCGUGUAGAUAUUGUGGACCGACAACACUUUGCCAUAAGAUGGGUUUAUUAGAAGUUCCAUAUACAAUACCCACUAGUGAUGUCACAAGGCUUCUUUUAUACGGGAAUCGAAUAUCAAGUUUGGGAGCGAACGAAUUCAAAGGAAUGUUCAAGGUUACAGAACUGGAUCUCCACGACAACAAGAUAAAAGAAAUUCAUGAAAAAGCUUUUGUUGAUCUCUGGGAGCUAGAAAUUCUCCACUUAUCUGAAAACAACAUCGAAUACAUACCACAGAGCACACUGUUACGUCUACCGAAAUUAUCCAGAUUAUUUUUGGACAACAACAAGUUAAAACAACUCCCAGUCGAUGUUCCCUCGCUCACUGGACUGACAAAGCUAAAUAUCGGGGACAACCUGAUAACGCAUAUAAGCUGGAGCACAUUCUUCAAGUUAAAGCAACUGGAAUUCAUCACACUUUGGAGUAACAAGUUUCGAUGUGACUGCGACAUUCUGGAACUAAUCAAGUGGUUCAAGACAACUUCGCGUGGGAGGUCAAUUACCACAGACAAAAUACCCGAAAAUAACAACACAUGUACGACUGAGAAGUUAAUUGAGCCGUGCUUUAAAGCCAAAACUGUCGAGGUAACGCACGUUCACGACAAUGGAAGUAGAGCUCCAGUUCUAAAACCGGAAGCAUCGUCCUCAUUAUAUACAGCAGUCUACGUGCAAAGCCACAUUGCACAACUUCGCUGCAAUGUAGCAGGCAAUCCGAAGCCUCUUAUAGUAUGGAAGACGCCAUCCGCCGGUUACAUAUACCCGAAUACAGGAAACCGCUUGCAGGCAUAUUCAAACGGCACUUUAAUUAUCCGGAAUUUACGAAUAUCGGAUACUGGCAAAUACUCCUGUCACCCUCGUCUUGUAGAGGCUUUGGAUCUGUCGUCACCUAUUCUAGAGUUGAAAGUCGUUCGGGGAGUCAAACCAAAGAUUACGUUUUCCGACGAGAAACUUCAGGGUAUCUUGGGAUCUGGAGUGAUAAUGCGUUGCAGCGCAGCAGGUAAUCCGCCGCCGUCAAUACAUUGGUAUUCUCCAAAUUCAACUGGUCCUCUUGAUAUUCAUAAUUUUUCAAGAAAAAGCGUUAAAUUUCGUAUUAACAAAGACGGAGAAGAAUUACUGAUAUCUAACUUUUCAUUCGAAGAUGCAGGACUUUGGAGAUGCAGAGCGAGAAAUAGCAUGGGUUUCGACACAUCAUACAUUCAAGUGACUUAUAAAUCAGCAGAAGACGAUCUUUUAUUGAUAUUAAUCUCCAUUGCGAGUGUCGUAAUUGUUGUCAUCAUCAUAGUCGUAGUAGCCGUCACAUGUGUGAUCUCUCGUAGAAGACGAAUGUCUCAAAAACAAACUCAAGCAGGGGAACAGCAAGACAGAGUAAUCGAGAGCACAGGACAAGAUAAUCAAAGUUAUUCGCCUGAAGAACCACAAACUCUUCCCGUGGAUGAAAUUCUUCAACAGCCUUAUACACAAGUCCCAGAAAUAAAAGGCAUUCGUAUAUAACAAACGGAUAAAAUUCAUUGUAUGUGAACAUGACAAUGCGAUCUGUGCUGUCGAGCUUGAAUUGAAGCCUACUAUUUCACUUUUUACGACUGUGUUUCUUCUUCUUGUUUUCCUUUUUCUUGCUGGCAAUAACAUUUGAAAAUAAGAUAUUCUUGAAAGCCCUUUG